ACUAAACUAAAAAGCGGUUAUUUUGUUUAUUCGUUUUCUGUCAAAACAAUCCUUUUCGCAGAUUAGUAGAUUUCUUCACUCUUGUCUUAAAAAGGGUUCGUACGCGCCAGGAAUUGUCGGGGUAACCAGAUUUGAAAGAAAAAGAUUACAUCAUGAAUGAAAGUGCAAAAUUAACUGAAGAAAAACUCUUUGAAUGCUUCAAAAGUCUCAAUGUUCCUGUACAUCCAAGUGAAUUGAAGACUCCAACAAAAGAUUUUGUGUUACGAGUUUUUGAUACAUUUCUGAGCGAUCUUCACAUCGAUCUUUCCAGUAAUUCAGCUCUACCAUUUGAAUGCAUGAAAAAUAUUGAAAAUCCUGAGUUAUAUGAAGGAGCUCCACGCUAUAGCAUACUUCUUCCCACAAUGAAUAACAUUUUGAAAAAUUUUUGUCAUUGCCCUGUGCCAAUUACGCUAAAUGAUGUAGUUGCACCUAAACCUAAGAAAACAAAGAAGAUACUGAAUUAUCUUGUAGUUUUUUGGAACUAUGUCUUACGGAAGCAAGAAUUAUUUUCAUAUGUCCGAAACACUCUUCAACCUGAGAUACAAAAAUGUGAGGAUACCAAAAGGGAAAUUGAAAAAUUGGAUGAACAGUAUCAAGAAUGCCUUGAAAAACUUAACAAUAUUAAGAUACCCAAAGAAGAGCUCCUUAAAGUAGCUGCUGCAAAGGAUGAAAUAAUCAAAAAAUAUGAGGGAACUCAAAGAACUAUGGUUAAUGAAUAUCAGCAAUUAAAAGAAAAAGAGAAUCAAUUACAGACUGAAAAAGUAAAUUUGGAUCUUAUGAUUGCUACAAAUAAAGAAAAAUUGAGUGAAUUGGAUCAACUUAUUUUAUCAUCCCCUGAAAAGAUAAAAACUGAUGUGCAAAAAUUAAAAGAUAUGAUAAAAGACGUUGACGAAAAAAUCCUAGAAAAAGAUCAAGAGAAAAAAGAGAAAAAGAAAGAAAAUCAGAACCAAACAUCUUCUCAAGAAGAAUUACUGAAAAUAAAUGCGAAAAUGGAAAAGCUUUACAGUGAAAUUCAAUCAUUAAUGGAAUUUAUUCAAACUCUAUCCUCAGUGAAUGAUAAGUGCGUAGAAGAGAAUAAAGAACUUCAAGAAUUGCAAUCAGCUCUGGAAACAAAAGAAGAUAUGGCUAAUUUUUAUGAUGAGAAGGGUGCUAAGAUUCUUAACCUUAAAAAGAAGCAGAUUGAAGAAAUUAAUGGAACUUAUGACAUGCUGCAAAGGCAGUUGUCUGAAGAGAAGCAAUGUCAUCAUAAUUUGGAUACAUCUAUAGAUGAAUUACAAAAGAAUAUUGACAAGGAGAUUGAAUCAAUAUUUUCUAUUGUCAACCGCUGUAAAAAUGCAGAAAAAGAAACUGACGAACAUAUAUCUCAAUUCAAACAACAGAUGCUGGAUAUAAAUAGAAAAUUCAGAGAUGAUUGUGAAGAUAUUUCAAAGGUAGCAAAGAAAAAAUUUAAAGAUAUGUAGAACGAUAUUUCAGCAAGUUGAAUUAUCGUGAGAUGGAAUUUUGUACAUUGUUUUAUGGAUUUAAACAGGAAUUCAGUUUCGAUUUACAUUUUGUACUUUUAUACUAAUAAAAAAAUAUAAAAUAAAAUGUACACUUGAUAAUGUAACUUAUAAAAAUUUUGUAUUUAUUAUGUUUAA